CCGAUUCCUGCUUUACCUCACAACAUCAAAUCCUUCGUUCCCUCUCAUUCUCUCUUUCUUCAGCACCAAUAAUCCCUCUUCCUUCCUCCUUCUACCAAUUUUCCUGUGGUGUUUAUCACUUUCUUUCUUUGGAAAUUUCCCCUUCCAACCUAAAUUCGUUCCGCCAUUGACGAAGAUUCUAGAAGAAGCGUGGAUGUUGUAAUGGAGACGAAAGGCGGUAAGAAGAAAUCUAAUAGUAGUAGUAGCAAGAGUAGUAAAAGGCAACAAUACGAAGCUCCUCUUGGUUACAUUAUUGAAGACGUUCGUCCUCACGGUGGCAUUGAGAAGUUCCGAUCUGCUGCCUAUUCAAAUUGCGUGAGGAAGCCAUCUUCGGAACAACCUCCUUCUCCGAUCGGAUUCGAAGGCUUCGAGAAACGCCUAGAGAUCACUUUCUCUGAGCCGCCUAUUUUUCAGGACCCCGAAGGACUCGGUCUACGAGCUCUGACUCGAGCUCAACUCGAUUCAAUUCUCGAACCUGCUUGCUGCACUAUCGUCUCUCAUCUCUCCAACUCCGAUUUCGAUUCUUACGUCCUCUCCGAGUCGAGCCUCUUCGUCUAUCCACGGACAAUCAUCCUCAAAACUUGCGGCACCACCAAGCUUCUCCUCUCCAUUCCGAUUAUACUCCAACUUGCCGAUUCACUCUCACUCGCCGCCGUUUCCGUUAAAUACUCUCGUGGAACCUUCAUCUUCCCUGACUAUCAACCUGCUCCUCACCGGAGCUUCUCCGAGGAAGUCACCGCCCUGAAUGUCUAUUUCGGCCAUUUCCACUCCGAGGCGUACGUGAUCGGCGAUCCGGCAGUUCCGAAUCGCAACUGGCACAUCUACUCCGCCGUGAAAUCGCACUCGAAUGUGAACCGAAUGGAUCUGGUUAGUCUAGAGAUUUGCAUGACGGGCUUGAACAGAGAGAAAGCUGCAGUUUUCUUCAAAAAACCUGGAGAAGAAGACUCAUCGGCGGAAAAAAUGACAAAAAUGUCCAAAAUCUCCGAGAUAAUUCCAACUCACAUAAUCUGCGACUUCGAAUUCGAUCCGUGUGGGUACUCAAUGAACGGAAUCGAAGGUACAGCUUACUCUACAGUGCACGUUACUCCAGAGGAUGGCUUCAGUUACGCCAGCUACGAAGCUAUGGGAUUCGACGCGAUGGAGCUUCCGUUCUCGGAGCUGGUGAAUCGAGUACUCCGAUGCUUUUCUCCAGCGGAAUUCUCAAUCGCCGCCACAUGCGGCGACGGCGACAGCUUCCGCUCAUGGGCUGUGGAUCAUUCUGACGUGGAGGGGUACACGUGUGAGAACGUGGUGAAGCAGGAGAUGCUAGGUGGCGAGUUGCUAGUUUACCGUACGUACACCGUGGAUAGAAGAAGGUACGUGGAGGCCCCGGCGUGCAAGACUUUACUGAUGCAGUGCUGGAAGGAGGCUGCCGCCAAUGCGGCGGAGGAAGAGGUGGUGCUCUGCCGAUUGUCCUCAGCUUAGAAAGAAUAAUAAUGUAGAAAGAAGAAAAAAAAGAUGGGGGUUAUCAUUUUAUGUGUUUUGAAGCUUUUCUUUUCUCUAAUGGGUCCCGAAACGUGAUUAGACUGUGCUUUGUUUUCGGGAGUUUGGAGUGAAUUUUUAUUUGUGAUAGUAAUGGUUAAAGUGUUAUUGUACAUUUUGGUUUUGAAUUUUGAAUAAAUUAAAUGUGGUUUUCAAUGUUGAAAUCACUCAUUUUUCUCCAA